AAAUGUAUUAUGGUUAGAUUCAUUUUAUUUUCUUUAGUUUCAUGGUAUAAAAUGUAAAUCGUUAUUGAUGGUGUGACUGUAUAAUGUCCACAAACAUCUACCUUGUUUUUUCAUAUAGCUUAAUAGCAUCAAUUCCAGAUUAUAAUUAAACCUCAACACUACGGCUGCUAACACAUUAUGUAAUUCAUGUUUAUAAACGGGUCAUAAAAGCUAGACACUAACCAUAUUAUUUCGUGUUUUGUUCAUGUCGGGUCAACUUUUACUAUUUGGUAGUAUAGCAUGAGAAAAGGAUAGAAAUCACCACGCUUUUUACAACAAUUUUAGGCUUUAGUAUUCUCUUGACCUAUUCUUUCUUUAGAAUACCCUACCCACAAAGAAGAAAAAUCCGGCCACUUAUUCUUUACACAUCAGAAUAGUAGAAGCAAUAAAUGCUCAGAAGACGAGCAAACAAAUUUACCAAAAUGAAUGACAUAUUCAACACAAAUUUUCUAAACAAUUUGACUAAAAGAACCAGCAAGAUGAUGUUUAUCGGUUACUUCUAAAUUUACAAGCGUACUCAACUAUUUUUAGUCUUUAGAAUUUAAGUCACUCACAUUUACAAUAGACUUUACAUAUUCAAAUUAUUAUAUCAACUAACGAUCACUAAACCUUAUUCAAAGUUGGUCUUUAACAGAUUUUGUGACCAGUUCAUUAACAUAGUUAUAAAACACUAUAAUGCAAAUAUCCAACUCCAUUUCCUAUAGUCCCAUACUCCUAUUCCUUGUGCAAGAAAUUUGCAAUGGCCUGGCCUCUUUCUUGUACCCUCUCCUUAUUCACACUAAUACUCCUACAAUCAACACCAUCCCCUGUUACAGCCCAAAAUAGUAGCAAUAUAUCAGUUGGCCGAUCUCUCACAGCCAUCAAUGGCUCUUCAUGGCUUUCACCUUUGGGAGAUUUUGCCUUUGGCUUUCAUCAACUUCCUAACAAAGCCAAUCUAUUCUUGUUUGCCAUCUGGUAUGCCAAAAUUCCGGACCCCAUUGUUUGGCAUGCAAACGAUGGUAAUCCAGUUCCCCAAGGUUCAUCAGUAAAGAUAACUGCUGAUACAGGGUUAGUUCUUACUGACCCACAAGGAAACAACUUAUGGAACACUUCUAACGAGUUAAGAGUUGAUGGUGGUCGGGUGAGCUACGGUUUCAUGAAUGAUACAGGAAAUUUUGCACUAAAAGGAAGCAGCAACAGCAUUCCCGUUUGGCAGAGCUUUGAUCAUCCUACAGACACCUUGCUGCCAGGUCAGUCUUUGGAUAUUGAUGGAAUGAUUAAUUCUCGACUAUCAGAAACUAAUUAUACGAUGGGAAGGUUCCAAUACCAUCUGACCACAGAUGGAAACAUGGAACUCAGUACCAGAGACAUAAGUACCGGCUAUACCUACAGUGGUUAUUAUAUUAGUGAUGCAGCAAAUCCAGGUCAGACUCAAAGAUAUGUGUACAAUGAGUCCGGGUACAUGUACAUACUUAGAAAAAAUGGGUCGAUGUAUAAUAUGUUACCGGAUGGUUACACACCUACAGAAGAUCAACAUCAAAGAUUAGUCUUGAGCUCUGAUGGGAUUUUAAUAUGGUAUUCUUCCUCAAAAAUUUCAAUUAGUGACGGAUGGUCCAGAUUUCAAGUAGCACCUGAAAACAUAUGUAAAGAAUUAGCUGUACGAGCUGCACAAAAUUUAGGUGUUGGUGUUUGUGGAUCUAACAGCAUGUGCAUCCUAGGUGAUAACAACAAGCAUACGUGUACAUGCCCACAAGGCUACUCUCUCACGGAUCCAAAUGUUCAAUAUGAUGGCUGUAAACCUGAUUUCAACCUUGUGGAUUGUGAAGAUUAUGCCGAAAGAACAAUGAAGGGUGAGUAUAGCAUAGUACAAAUUCUAAACACUGAUUUUAAUUUCAAUGACUAUGAAAGGGUUGAUUCUAGAAAUGAAGAUGAUUGCAAGAAUUCUUGUUUGAAAGAUUGUUUCUGUGCUGGUGCUUCGUUCGAGCUAUCUGGCAAAGAUGUUGGUUGUUGGAAGAAGAAGGCACCACUUCUAAAUGGAGUAACCGACGGUUUCAUAGGCCGGAAUUUUUGGUUAAAGGUAAGGAAUGUUAACAAGUCCAACGAUCCACUCAACCCUAAUGUUACCUUCCCUCCUAUGACAAGGAAAAGCAAAAUGACAACUCCAACCAAAGUCUUGCUUGGUGGCUCAGUAUCUGUUAAUUUACUACUCUUACUUGCAAUUGGUUUUGGAGUUUUCUUCAUUUAUCAUAAGAAUCAACUGAAAGAGUCAAAUGAGAGCCAGAGGAAAACACUGAGCGAGUAUAAUCAUGUCCAUUAUUUUAACUACCAAGAACUGAAUGAGGCAACAAACGGAUUCAAAGAAGAGUUAGGAAGAGGAGCGUUUGGUGUAGUAUACAAGGGCAUGGUCAACGGAGGAGGUCCUUCAAUUUGUGUUGCUGUUAAAAAGUUAGAUCGAAUAUCAGCUGACACUGAUAAGGAGUUCAAAACAGAAGUUAACGUUAUUGGCCAGACACAUCACAAGAAUCUAGUACAGCUAGUAGGCUUUUGCAAGGAAGGGGAUCAGCGGCUGUUAGUAUAUGAAUAUAUGAGCAACGGCAGCUUAGCUGAUUAUCUGUUCGGUGAUACAAGGCCAAGCUGGAUAGAUAGAGUUCAAAUUGCUCAAGGGACAGUAACAGGGCUAUUGUACUUGCAUGAGGAAUGCAGCACCCAAAUCAUUCAUUGUGAUAUAAAGCCCCAGAAUAUACUCUUAGAUGAAUAUCAUAUUGCUCGCAUUUCUGAUUUUGGCUUGGCAAAGCUUUUGGUUCUAAAUCAAACCCAUACAAACACGGGAAUUAGAGGGACUAAAGGCUAUGUUGCUCCAGAAUGGUUCAGGAACAAGCCAAUCACAGUGAAGGUAGAUGUCUAUAGCUUUGGGGUUCUUCUAUUGGAGAUCAUAUGUUGUCAAAAGAGUGUACGUAUAGUUGAAGAGAAUGCAGAAAUCUUGACAGAUUGGACAUUUGAUUGCUACCGAUCAGAUAAAUUAGACCAACUUGUCAAUGACGACAUGGAGGCACUUAAGGAUAUGAUUCGAUUGAAGAGGUUUGUAAUGGUUGCCCUUUGGUGUAUCCAAGAAGACCCAAGUCUACGACCGACUAUGCGUACAGUCACGCAGAUGCUAGCUGGCCUUGCUGAAGUGCCUAAUAACCCACCUUGUUCAACCUCAUUUUCUGUUACUAUCCAAAAUUAAAAAUCCUUAUAUACAGUAUGUUUUUAUUCUGGUUACAUUUAUUUUGAUUUCUUUAGUUUUGUUGUGUAAACAUUAUCAACCAAUGGUGUGACUGAAUUAUGUCCCAAAACAUCCCUUUUUUUUUUUUUUUUUUUUGAAGUCUACUUGUUUUAUAUAGCAUAAUAGAAUCAAUUCCUAUAAAGCUAAAAAUUAAGGACACAAGUACAUAACCCAUUUAUUAAAUGAUAACAUUAUUGUGAUUUGUCUUAUAAAAUGUUUCAUAAAAGCUCGACAUUAACCCAACUAUUUCCUGUGUCUACUUUUGCUAUUUUAAGUAAAACCAAAGAAAAAGGCUAGAAACCACCAUGCCUUUUAUAACAGUUCUACUGUUCUAGGCUUUAUUAUUUUCUAAUUGACCUCUAUUUUUUUUCUCCUUAGAAUACCCUACCCAUCAAGAAGAAAAGUCCGGCUAUUUAUUUAUUGCACAUUAGAAGACUAAAAGUUAUAAAUACUCAGAAGAUGAGUUAAUAUUUUUACCAAAA